CGCUGGUUGCUCGUCAUCUCAGCAAAGUGCAUGAUCUGAGUUCCCUUCACUCUUCCUCAUCCCAUUGCUUCCAUUCCUUCUCUCUCCUUUCUUUCUUCCUUUCUUUCUCUCUUUCGUCCUAUCUAUCUAUCUAUCUAUCUAUCUACCUGUUUUUGAUCGCAAUCAAAUAUGGCUCACUCACCUCAUUCUCACUACGAUCAACAGGCCUCGACCAACUACAAAGAAGCUUUCUCGCUGUUCGAUAAGCGCGGUACCGGCAAGGUCGCCAUCGAGUCGCUCGGCGAUCUCCUCCGUGCGUGCGGACAAAAUCCCACCUUGGCCGAAAUUGCAGACUUGGAGAAGAGCGUGGGCGGAGACUUUGAUUUCGAGUCGUUCUUGAAGGUCCUCAACCGCCCCGGAGGUUUCCGCGACCCCGGCGAGCCCGAAGAAUAUACCCGUGGUUUUCAGGUGUUCGAUAAGGACUUGACUGGGUUCAUUGGAGUGGGCCAACUGCGUUACAUUCUCACGAAUCUGGGCGAGAAGAUGUCCGACGAGGAAGUCGAUGAGCUGCUCAAGGCCGUUGAUACUAGCUCCGGUGAGAUCAACUAUACCGACCUCGUCCGCACCAUCCUUGCCAACUAAAUGACAUACGAUACCCUUUCCUAACGCUUUCCUGACGAAAUUCUCUUUUCUGCUCCCUAUGCGAUCCUGCCGCCGGAGUUUGUCGGCUUGACAUUAGAUUAGUUAUUUGUUAUAAAUUCUAGCUCUCUUGUA